GUCACGAUAAAACGAGGCACACGUGGUGGAGUCAACGCACCAGAUUUCUGGCGAGUAAAGAAUGAAUGAAGUUGAUAGAUUAUGAAUGUCAAUCGCCUUGAACAGUUACUGGUUCGAGUAUUAUCUUGAAGUUGAUUUUGUGAUACAUUUUAAUUUAGAUAGUUGUGUUGAAGUUGAGUUGUAGAGAAUCAAUAUCAAACAAGUGGCUCUACUUGUUUUCAUCUUGAUGUCUUUCUUAAGCAGUCGCUCGCAUUUGAAACGCAUUAAUCUUUGAAAAGGGGACUUAUAAUUAUAUUUAUAACUGCUACUGCAUCAGGAAAGAUGGCUUCCACCAGUGGUUCUUCGCCGCGAAACAGCGGCAGAAAAUCUGAUGUUUCUCGGCCGGCUUCAUCGCUGUCCCCUUACCUCUACAUCCCUAACGUCAUCGACUAUGGACGGUUGCUAUUGCUGUUUGUCUCCUUCCAUUAUGCAUACACAGACUACGCUAGAGCAGCCUUCUUCUUCGCAAGUUCGGCAUUCUUAGAUGCGUUCGACGGCAUGGCCGCACGACACUUCAACCAAACAUCAGAGAUGGGCGCGGUUUUGGACAUGGUAGUCGAUUUAUAUAUAUCUUUACUUAGACUGACACUGAGUCCCGCUGCAACUGCACAAUCUCAACUCUCCUCCAAUCAAAAUCUGCUGUAGUUCCAGAGUACUAAGCCAGACUCAGGAUUGUAGCUGGUCCGCUCUGGUCUAUCAAAAAUACAUAUGUGCUUCGAGGUAAUCGACCGAUGUUCAACGAACGUUUUCCUUGCGGUACUGGCACACCUUUAUGUGGAUUACGCAAUGGUUUUCUUCUCACUCAUGGUCCUCGACGUUGUGAGCCAUUGGAUACACAUGUACUUUUAUCUUAUAGAUACUUACGCUGAAAAUAUGCAUCACGUCUGAAAAAGAAAAUCAAUGAUACAUCAACAUCGCCCCCUCUACUGAAAAAUAUUGUCUGUAGAUAUACUACUCCUACAGAAGUCGGUCUAGUAUUAUCUAUUUCUCUUGCUUAGCUUAAGCUUGCAUCAAAUAUUCAUAUGAUUUUUCGAGAACAAACCUACAAAUAAAAUUUCGUGUAAUUGCAUGCAGCCUGGAGGAUUUUUUGAUAGCUGAUCAUAAAGAAGGUGACCAAAGGAGAAGGACGUACAUGCAAGAACCGUCAAAGUCGCGAAAGUACUAAUUUCAAAUCAAAAUUUGUUGCAGGUACGCGUCGCUCAGGACAGGUCAGACUAGCCAUAAAGACAUGUCCAAUAGCAACUGUCUGAUUCGAUUGUACUACAAGAACAAGGCCGUGCUGUUUACCGUAUGUCUUGCGGAGCAGAUCGUGUACUGUGCACUCUACGUCAUGUAUUUCACUGCAGAGAACUCGAACUAUAUAGCUUCCAGAAGCGCAGCUGCGAGCGGCGAAGCCCUUGCGUUCCAAGUUUGCACUGCCGCCUUCCUGAUCGCGCUACCACUACAUAUUUUCAAGCAAGCGACGAACUUCCUCCAGAUGUACCAAGCGUUCGAAGCUCUCAAUGCUUGGGACCUCACAAAAGAACGAGCAGCAGGAGGAAGCACACCAGGCUCUGCACGGAACAGAUCAUCACCCCGAUCGUCUUCGAGAACAAAAGCUGCAUAGAACCACAAUAUCAUGUUCAUGAUCCGUAGAACUACAAUUAAAUUAGGCUCUAGGUGGUACAGCAACUUCUACACCAACAUACUCGUACUACACAUCUUCACAUUCAACAUAUUCAUGAUGAUAUGUACUUAUGGUUAUGCUCUCCGGAGAAGUAGAUACUUGAUGUUCAAUAUCGAUAUUGCGAUACUAGAUGCAACCGUCUCUGUGGACACUACAGUGAAUUAUCCAUGAUCCAUACCGAAGUCGAAGAUACAAUUACUUACGUUCCCCACAUCAUGAUACGCAACUUUAUAUCCUUUUCCCCCUGCCGUCUUCAGACGCCAUAAGAUGACUCAUAUUCACAGACAUACAUCACGCACACACCUCACUUUCAGCACCCUACCUCCCACGUACACACUGACUCACUUGACGCAUGAGUCGGCCCCACGCCUACCUGUUUUUGAAACCCGCCUAAACAUAAGCUUCGGUAUGCGUCAGCAUAAACAUAAUUACUUAAUCUGUUCUUUCAAUGUCCAUCAUUAUCAAAGGUCGCAGCUGCCGAGAAGAGCAGGAAGACAGAAUUUGUAGGACAGGAACACGAACAGGACGAAACCGAGGCCAUACCAGAU